AUGGAGAUCCCUGACAUUCCCGACAAUCGCCCACACAAGUCCCCUUCAGUGCUGUCGUACUCGCCGACCAUCGUCCUUGACGGCGCGACAGACUAUGGGUUUGGAUCGCAACCCAAAGACAGUGACAGCAGCAGCAUGUACCAGGAUAUGCGCAAAGCUCCGCCGGUAGAGACGCCGCAAGACAUGAGCCAGGAAAUCAGCCAGGAUCUCAGGACGCCAGAGCCACAAGAAAAGCCGAAGGAAGUGGACGCGAUGCCGAAUGGCAGAGAACACGGCGACGGCGACGAGUACGACGAGGAUGAGAUUCGCUCCAAGCCUUCGCUCAAAACCCUUCGCCGAAAUUUCACACUCAACGAUCUCCCCUUGCUCCAAGCGACAAAUCCGUACGAUGGUUCUGAGCAAUUCAAUCCGGUCAACGAGGAGGAUGGGGACACAUUUGACUUGGUCGCUCCAUGGGAGGGCGACGCGGCCCCACUGCACUCUCUGGAGCGCCAAGCGGAUACAAUGUUCUCGCCCGAUCAUAUGCUAACCAUCCUACGAAAUCCGCGCUAUUUGGCGCGUUUUCGCAAUUUCUUGGUCUCCGAGCGCCCGAGGUCUAUUCCUACAUUGACAUAUUAUCUCAAUGCUUGCAAAGCGCUGAAAGCAAUCCAAUAUGCGAAUGCGCUGGUACGAUUGUCGGUAGAUGUGCCGACGGCGGGAAUUGAGCAGGCUGAAGAACCUGUUGGCUUAACUACAAACACAGCACUCGAAGCCCGUGUUCAGGAUGCGCUGAAUGCUCUGACUGCAGAGGAGCUGCCCGCAUUUAUCACAGCGACAUGUAUCAACAUCACAAGUAAGGUUGUCGAGGAGCGCGUGCGAGGAACCUUACCCGACAAGUUCCAGGGAACGUCAGACGCCCUGGCGGAAGUGUUCUGUUUAACAGAUCCCUCACGCCCCGAUAACCCAAUUAUAUUUUCAUCAGGAGAAUUCCACCGCACCACGCAAUACGGCAUGGACUACGUCCUUGGACGAAAUUGUCGUUUCUUGCAAGGUCCCAAGACAAACCCCAACAGUGUUCGACGCAUUCGUGAAGGAAUCAAGUCAGGUCGACACCACUCAGAAUUGUUUCUUAAUUACCGCCGCGAUGGCUCGCCAUUCAUGAAUCUGCUUCAAUGCGCACCACUUUGCGACAGCCAAGGAAAGAUCCGUUACUUCAUUGGCGCUCAAAUCGACGUUUCAGGCUUAGCGAUGGAUGGCGCGCAAAUGGAAUCACUCCAAGACCUGCAGGACCGAAAAACUUCCGAAGAGCAGGAAGAAGAAGCCUCUCAGCGAGAUGAUGUAUCGCACCUCAAACCGAAGCCAAAAACCGAAUUCCAAGAACUGGGAGAACUUUUCAGUCCACGCGAGCUGCAGAAUGUACACGAUUACGGAGGCAAUCUUUUCCACCCCGUGGCCGACCGACUCAAUCCAAAGAACAGCCGCCUGUGGAUCCAAAGCCCCGAGGGCGAGAGCGAGCCUCGAUUAGGGGUCCCUUCAUCUGUUCCCAAUGGUGGGGGCUCUUUGACUGGCGUCUACAAACAUUAUCUUCUUGUCCGACCUUACCCAUCACUCCGCAUUCUCUUCACAUCGCCGUCCCUUCAGAUUCCUGGUAUGCUUCAGUCGUCAUUCCUAUCACGUAUCGGGGACUCAGGACCCAAGCGUGAUAGCAUUCUCCACGCUAUGAUGGCCGGCCGUAGCGUCACAGCUCGGAUCAAGUGGGUGACCCGCUUCAGCGAUCAUGGCCGACAUCGCUGGAUCCAUUGCACGCCAUUGUUGGCCAAUAAUGGAGAAGUGGGAGUGUGGAUGGUGGUGGUAAUCGAUGACGAAGAUGAAAGUAUGGUGCGAUGGAGUGGAAAUUGGCCAAGUGCCUAA